AUGGAAACUAAAAGUUUAACAAACUCAACUAAAGCAACCACGAAAAAAUCUCAACAAAAGAAAUUAAGAGUUGAUAUACCUAACCAAUUAGAUAUUAAUAAUGUAUACAAUCCAAAAUAUGAUGUUAUCCAAUUAAUGUCUACCAGAC